AUGUCCAAACUGCCGGGUUCGCCUUCUUCCAAUAGCCAUUACUCCCCGGGCCGCUGUGCCGCUGCGCCACAUGCCUCUCUCGUGGCAGCACGACUUGUGCUCUUUUGGUACCCUCAUUUCGGCCGAGUCGACCUCGCAGUUCUUAGCUCUGCACUCCAAUUUCACAACCAACACGAGUGUCGCUUUGGCACCUUGUUCGCCAAAAGCAACGCGAGGCUAUUCAACAUCUUGAAGCUAUUCGCAUGUCUCUACACUGUAUAG